AUGAGCACCAUCACUCGACGACUAUUCUCCACUUCGUCCAUCAUCCGCUCCACAGCGCUCGAAAACACCCUCCCUUUAGAUCCCUCUUCACCCGUCCAUGCCAAACAUCUCCCAAGGGUCCUACAGCGACGUAUCGCCAAACGAAUCAAUGCUAUCGAGCAGUCAACCGAAGAUGGGUCUAUACCAUCUACCGUAAAUAUACCUAACCCGUUUUUGGUGCAGAGGACGAACAGACGAUCGUCAGAAUCAGAAUUGACAGGAGAAGCGAGGUACAAUUGGAAGAAACCUUCUAUAUCCAAUAGGAGACAAAAACAAUUAUUACAAUUUUAUCCUUCUAUCGAUCUACCCAUCUCAGCCAAAUCAAACAGGACACCUUUCGCCUCCGCGUUAGGAUCAGAGAGCGAAGAGUUAUUAGAGAUAGAAGGGAUUUCAAGACCUGUUAGAUGGAAUGACAAGAUAACGAUAAAUUGGACUGGACAAUUAAAACCCAAACAACAACAACAAAAGAAUGUGAAUGAAGCGACGACGAAGAGCUUAUACUCCGGUAGGAAGUUGAUGUUUAAAGGACAUAAAGAUGAGAGGAACAGGGCACAGAAGUUGGCGGAUAGACAGACGAGGUUGGAUGGUAUGGAGAAGAGAAUAAAGGAUUGGCGGCAGGGACGAAAUGACGAGAAGAUCAGGAACAGACCUUCAUUACCAUUCUAA